AUGAUAGAACUAUCGGAGCUUAAUUUAUCUGCGUACAAAAUUAAAGAAUUACCCUCGUCAAUUAUUAAUAUUACGGAUUUGCAUCGUUUGGACCUAGAAGAUUGUAAGGAACUUGAGAGUCUUCCGAGCAUCAGAUUUCAACUUGAAUCCCUUAGAAAUGUUAAUCUUUCUGGUUGUACAAAAGUUGAGCUUCAUUUGGAUGGAACAUCUAUCGAAGAGCUUUCCCCCUCGAUUGAACGGCUUCAGGGGCUUGAGCUCUGCCUUGAAGCAAUCGAUCGGUCGUUGUGCCGCGUGCGGCGGCUUUCAAUUGCUUAUGUGAUUAUGUCGCCAGGGAGAGAUGUCAAGAUUUUAAAUCCCUUUGUGCACCAUUUAUUCUGCUGCAGAAAGCCGCCAAAGAGCGAGGAGAAGAGCAAGAAGAAGUCGAAGAAGGCGAAGGUGGAGCCGGAGGAGGAGGAGGAGAAGCACAAAGAGGAUCCUAAUGCGGUGUCCAAGUAUCCGAUUUCUGCUGUUGAGGGCCAAAUUGAAGGAGAAUGGGAUCGAGUCCUUGUUUCCUAUUCAGGCCAUGACAUUUGAUACCAUUUUGGAUGGUUUGGACUUGGUUGGUCGGGCUCGAACUGGACAGGGUAAACUCUAGCUUUUGUGUUACUCGUUUUGGAGUCCUUAACAAAUGGGCCUGCAAAAGCAUUUAGAAAGACUGGUUAUGGUAGGCUUCCAACUGUUAUCGUGCUUUUACCCACCAGGUAAUUUGCCGAACAGGUAAUU